UGCAGCAGCCGGGUGCUGCCACCAUCCCUGGGGACUCCCCACAAGCCCAGCGCUCGGCACGAGGCAAGUCCCGGCAGGGCCAAACCCAGCGCCGCCGCCAGUGGCUCCAAAGCUGCCAGCCAGCUCUGGACUCCUGCACUUCCGCUAGUGGAGACCGUGGCCCUGAGGACCCCGCGGGCCCCCAGCCACAGAACGGCCCAGCGGCUCAAGCCCACCACCCAGACCCGCAGCAGCGCCGUGGGAAACAGCAGAGAGAAUAUCCCGGGCAGCGCGGGCCGGAGCAGCAGCCAGUCGGCGAGAAGCAGCAGCGUCACCCCCAGCCAAGCGCAGGAGGCCCGGCAGAGGCAGAGGCACCCGCGGGGAGCCGGGGACCCUGAGCCGGCCAUUGGCGCGCGGGCCCUGGCCGGGGUUCCUUCCCGGAGCUUGUGGGUCCUAGGCGCGUCUGUGACCGAGCUGGCGCCGAGACAACCAUCAUGGCAGUGGAGUUUGACGGGGGCGUUGUGGUGGGUUCUGAUUCUCGGGUGUCUGCAGGAGAGGCAGUGGUGAACCGAGUGUUUGACAAGCUGGCCCCCCUACACCAGCACAUCUACUGUGCACUCUCUGGCUCAGCUGCUGAUGCCCAGGCCAUGGCAGACAUGGCCUCCUACCAGCUGGAACUCCAUGGGAUGGAGCUGGAAGAAUCGCCUCUGGUUCUGGCUGCUGCGAAUGUGGUGAAGAACAUCACCUAUAAACACCGGGAGGACCUGUCUGCUCAUCUCAUGGUAGCUGGCUGGGACCAACGUGAAGGGGGACAGGUUUAUGGAACCCUGGGAGGAAUGUUGAUUCGACAGCCCUUUGCCAUUGGUGGCUCUGGCAGCACCUAUGUCUACGGUUAUGUGGACGCAGCGUAUAAACCAGGCAUGUCCCCUGAGGAGUGCAGACGCUUCACUACAGAUGCUAUCGCUUUGGCCAUGGGCCGGGAUGGCUCCAGUGGGGGUGUCAUCUACCUGGUCACUAUCACAGCUGCUGGUGUGGACCAUCGAGUAAUCUUAGGCAAUGAGCUGCCGAAGUUCUAUGAUGAGUGAAUCUACUCAGAUGUUCCUUCCUUAUUUUAUGAUAAACACUCUGAGACCAGAACCUGGAAUGGUCAACAGGAAAUGGGUAGUCAACCAGAGGAAGCUUGUUAGGAGGGAGCGUCUUCCCUCCCAGAUGCCAGCAUACUCUUUUUGCUCUUUUGUCCCCACGUCUAAAGAUCCUAUCCAGAAGAAGGGGGUUGGGGAUGGGGUGGGGGACAGUACAAGAACUGGAAAGAGCCCUGUACAUGACCUGUACAUGACAGGUCAUCAGGUACUGAGUGAUUUUUGAACUAUUAGGAGCAAUAAAAACUCCUUCUGAUGCCUGAGGGUACAAGUGAAGAGUUGGAACUCAUUCUUUUAAGGGCUAAGACUGAUGAGUAGACAAGACAACUACACAGAGGAGUAUCAGCUAAGAGCACCAGCAAAUUCACAUACAGAAUUCCCUUCAUAACCCAUUAAUUCACAUGAAGGAUGAAUACAUGGUAAAUACUUGAAUAUUUGGGGGACACUUGGGAAUUUCAAAUACUACUAACAAUAACAACAAAAGAGCUAUGUUUACUGAGCCAGGUAUUUGCUAAGCACUUUAUAAACAUUAGCUCUUUGAAUCCAAACAAAAAACCCUAUAUAGGUAUUAUUAUUAUUAUUUUCUUUAUUAGAGAAAUUGAGGGUUUACAAAACAAUCACGUAAAAUCCAGGAUUCCCAUACACCACUCCACCACCUUGCAUUGAUGUGGAA